UUCUCCUCUCCUUCUAUGUGUAGGGACUUUAACCUAGAAGAGGCACUAGAGGGCGUCAGUGCUCAGAUCUGCUGUGAGCUCAACAAGUCAUUGACAGAGAGGAACUAUCCUACGCUGAGCCCGGCGCUGCAGGCCACCCUCAGAGGCCAGAUCUGCAGCAUCACUCAGGAGGACAAUCCCAUCCGCACUCUCGUUGAGGAUCGUGUGCAUCAGUACUUCAUGGCACUCAUCUGUGAUCCCAAGCCCCAAGCUAAACUUGAACAAGUACCAGCUGGCUUGACCGCCAUCAAGCCCGAACUAGCAUUGUUGGGAGCAAAGUUUGUCUCCCUGGUGAACUACAACAAGGCAGUCUAUGGACCUUUCUACGCGGAUAUCAUCAAGAAGCUGAUAUUCAGCAACAUCAGCCCGCCACCACCAGCAGCAAACCCUCCUCAGGACACCGCUCAGGACUCCACCGCCUCCAACUGAAACCAAACUUUGGCUUGCGCCGUCUAAGGAGUCUUUUUGCUUCUAGAAGUAGCUAAAGCUAAGGAGGUACUACAGCAGCUAGGCAGUGCAACUGCUUCGCUCAGGCCAGUGUGCUCCAAUAAUUGGGGUUACCUUUGUUAUAUUGUAAAUGUAGUUUUUGUCACUACAUUUAGCAGUGACGGCACUGCAGUGUAGGCACCAUGCAAGAGACAUUUAAUGUGACCUGCAUCCUUUGUGAUAAAAAAAUACGCCCUUCUUUGAAUACCUACAGUUUCAAACCGGAAAACCAGUGUUAGAGCGACCCAUGUCUGAACCUAAUAGUGAUCCUUACGCUGUAAAUUUGACUCAUGUUAUUGUGGAAGGAGUCCACAGGGAGAAAAGGGCAAAACCUUAGAAUGUCUAAGGCCUUCAGUUAGCUUUAUAAAGCAAGGAAGAAGAAGCUUAUAUAUUUAGAAAGGUAGCAGAGUAGCAUCGCAGAUUUCUUAUGAAUAGCAAGUUAUUUAUCACUGAUAAGUUUAAAGGUAAUCCUAACCGCCUUUGGACAUGAGAGAGCCCGUUUCCUUUGGAGUUAGUCCUUUUGAUUGUUCUCACUUUAACGUCUUUAUCAGCCAGAGAACUAAACUUUCUGUAUUUUUUUUUUUAUCUACUGAUGUUACUAUACAGCAAAAAACAAAAAAAGGCAAAAAAACUGUUUGCAACAAAAGAAAUAACUGUCGUCUGCAUGAGUAGCUUUGUGUUGGGGUUAAAUCAUUUUAGUUUUUCUUGUCACAUGUCGUCUGUUCUUUACUUUUACUUACUCUCUGCCGAUGGAUUACUUGUUAUAUUGAUUUAGUUGUUAUGUUUGUUACAUUUUUUAGGUACCGUUGUCAUUGCAGUAUUGCUGUGUUGACUGUUAGAACCUGUGGGGAAAUGAAAGGUGCUGAACUCAAAGAGAUUUUAUGUCCAAAAUUUCCAGUGGACCCAACAAUGCACACAAAGAAAAGCCGUUGUGCACUUUCAGAGGUUUACAAGAAAAUGUGGGAAGUUGUUGUUCUUUUCUUCUGUACCACAGUUAAUAUAAUAAAACUGCAAAAAGAAAAU